GGCUAGCGGUGAAGAGAAAAGAAAAGAAGAGGACAUGCACACUAGGCAAUAAGUUUGAUAACUGCACUAAAGAGCUGUUUAAAAACACAGAAGUGUGUUAAUGUAAAGUUUGAAGUGCAGCAGCAGGAACCGCAAUACAAUCUAUCCAGCAAAUACAUGCAGGGAAGCUGAGCGACUUACAAGCUCGCCUGUGUGCGAGUGAGACGGAGAAAGAGCAGAUCACCACUGUGCCCCAACACACUCCUCGACUGCUACCUACUGCUGCUCUGCCGUUGCCAUGGAUACAGUGCCCUCUCUCCUCUCUCACGCUUGGUUACUUCUGCGUGGCUGACCCAGGCGGACUUUUCGGAGCGAGCGUGGGCGCAGAAGAAGGAGGGAGACAAAGAGUUAGCCCAUGCGAGCGGCGUGUGGACUGAGUGCAGCUGUUUCGUUCAGAGCAGAGCCCAACAUGUGAGAAGAUGUCUGUUGGAGGUUGUGCUUGUCCCGGCUGUUCGUCAAAGUCAUUCAAGCUGUACUCUCCUAAGGAGCCCCCCAACGGCGGCAGCUUUCCCCCCUUCCACCCAGGCGCUAUGCUGGACAGAGAUGUGGGGCCUACACCCAUGUACCCCCCAUCAUACAUGGAGCCUGGAAUGGGGAGACCCACACCGUACGGGAACCAGACAGAUUACCGGAUAUAUGAGCUGAACAAAAGGCUACAGAAUUGGACAGAGGAGUGUGAUAAUCUGUGGUGGGAUGCGUUCACCACGGAGUUCUUCGAGGAUGACGCCAUGCUCACCAUCACUUUCUGUCUGGAAGAUGGACCCAAACGAUACACCAUCGGCCGGACAUUGAUUCCACGAUAUUUCCGGAGCAUUUUCGAGGGGGGAGCCACCGAGCUGUUCUACGUUUUGAAGCACCCAAAGGAGUCCUUCCACAGUAAUUUUGUGUCUCUCGACUGUGACCAGUGCACCAUGGUGACCCAGAACGGCAAACCCAUGUUCACACAGGUUUGUGUGGAGGGCCGCCUGUACCUAGAGUUCAUGUUCGAUGACAUGAUGAGGAUCAAGACGUGGCACUUCAGCAUCAGACAACACAGAGAGGUCCUCCCGAGGAGUAUUUUGGCCAUGCAUGAUCCCCAAAUGCUCGAUCAGCUGGCUAAAAAUAUCACAAGGUGUGGGCUGUCCAACUCCACGCUCAACUACCUCCGUCUAUGUGUGAUAUUGGAGCCCAUGCAAGAGUUGAUGUCAAGGCAUAAGACGUAUAGCUUGAGCCCCAGAGACUGCCUGAAGACCUGCCUCUUCCAAAAGUGGCAAAGAAUGGUUGCACCUCCAGCUGAGCCCGCCAGACAAGCUCCAAACAAGAGGCGGAAAAGGAAGGUGUCCGGAGGAAGCACCGUGAGCACCGGCGGAGGCAACAAUAACAACAGCAACAGCAAAAAGAAGAGUCCAGCCAACAGCUUUUCACUCUCCAGCCAGGUACCUGACCUGGUUGGAACAAAAACCUGUACAGUGCCGGAGCUUGAGGACCGGAGUUGAGAACCACUACGCUAAAUCAUAAACACACACACACACACACACACACACACACACACAUACACAUACACACACACACACAUCCACACAUCCAGACCUGUGCAUACACCAACAUACACAUGCACACACACUCACCUACACCUGCAGCAUAAAACAUUGAGGUACUGGAGAGAGGUGGUACGCAGCAUGUCUGGACCAGAGCACCAGAUGCUACAGAAGUGUGUUUUUCUUUUUCUAUGUUUUCAACUUGUUUUGAAUUGUUUUUAUUUUUGUAAACAAUUUCUAAAAAAUAAACAGACAAGCAAGCAAACAAAAACAUCCUAGAAUAUUCUUUGCACUGUUUUCCACUAUUGACUCCAGUCUAUUUUUCUUAUGAAUUGACCGUGUCUUUUCUUUCCUUUUCUAUUAUUGCUAAUGUAAGAACUGUACAACAUCUGAAACCUGCAGUAUAUCAAUGUAAACGUAUUGCUGUUAGAUCAUUCUUAUUGUAAUGGUAAUAACUUCCAUGUAGGUCUGUGCUUAAUAUAAUGUCGCCCAUCUGUGUCGGCCAUCACAACUGUCAUCAGGUCCUUCGGCUUCCGUGCUAAAAAACAGGUCGGGGCGAAGCCAGUGUUUGAUAGUGCCACAUCCUGUCUGAUGUGAGUCCAAAGCAACACACUGGAAGACACUUUCCCCACAAAAUGUCCGUUGAGCCCGUGGUUUGCAUCUGUUGACACGUCAUUGCACAACUGUUUGCUUCGUCUUGAAAUCUGGAGGUCCUCUCUUCAGAACACAGUAACAGGAAACUUCUCAAAUUUGCUACUCAAAAAUAUUUUAAAAAACAAAUUUUGACAAGAUUGUAAAAAAAAAAGGAAAAAAAAGACUUUUGUAUUAACUUAAGUUUCCCAGAAAUGUUUUUGAUUACAACUAAGAAAGCUGCACACCAAGGAGCUACAUGUAAAGAUUCUUUAGAUAUUGAUUACACUGUACUGUUUUGUUUUAUGACGAAUCAUUUUGUUGGCUUUACCCCUCAUGUUUGUGUCUGUGCUUGUAUAUUUUUAGCUAGUCAUUUCUGUAAAAGUUAUUCUGCGUAUUCCUCCCUAGAAUUAUGAGCAACUCAAUCUAAUGUAAAGAGAUGAAUACCCUCUUAAAAGUUUUUUUUAAGUGUGAUUUUUAAUGGUACAAUCACUGAUAAAAGAAUUUUGCCCUCAUUUUAGGAAACUGUAUUUAUUUUUCUAUGUACUGACGUUCUGUUUAGGUCCAACCCACCUGUACUAUACCCAUGAUGAUAUAUGGAGGAGUCUGUAUGGCUGCGGAGUCAGUAAAUGCUAAUACAGGUCAUUCCAUUCCUUUUUUUAAAAUAUAUAUGCGGCUCCCAGUUCUGCCCAGUUUAUCCCAGUGGUUCCGUAUGUUCACAUUGAAGAGAUAUUUAAUGGCCAAUUUCUGCUCUGGUCUAUCUGAAAAUGUAUUGGAUGCACUGAAAACCAAUAAAUAACCACAUUUAGAGAAAAUCCUAACCUCUAAGUCAUCCUGUUUUCCCUGAAGUUACUCUUUUUUUAUGGUGUGUCAUUCUCCAAAAUACCCAAAGCUCUUCAGAUGAAAAUAUUCCACAAUGGUGCAACAUUUAGGGGAAAUUUGAUCAAAACUCCUUUAACCUUCAAUGAUGUGGUUUUGUUUGUAAUUAAUUUGUUGGAUGUUUCCAGAUACAUUUCAAAGAACUCGUACAUGAAAAAUGCAAAGUCAAUUUUACUUCAUGGAAAUGUGCUGACCUCACUCGGCUCGACCUCAAUCUGCUGUGUCAGAGUUUCCUGUUUACCAAAAUAUGAUGUAAAAUAGGGGCUUCAGCAUCACCCAGAUGACGGUAGAAGUUUCCAGACUCACCCAGCAGGGGUCUCCCUAAGCAAGAAUGGCAGAGUGAGCGGCCUGUCAGAAAGUGCUCCAUCAUUAUUUCUGGCACAAAUGCUGUAAAUCCUCACUGAGCUGCAGUUUGUUGUGAUUAAGACCUUACUCAUUGUCUCUAACGCCCCUUGUUUACCUUUAUGGUGUAUCUUCAGCAGACCAACACAGAAUAGAUCUAGGUGGAACUUUUUACAGCCUUUGUUUCCUAAGUUGACAUCAUUCAGAGAAUAAGGGUUUGUGAUAUUUGGGACGGAGCUGAUAUGGCAACUCACCAAUAGCUGGCUCCUGUAGCACCUCACCAUAGGGGUGAUUUUAUAUCUAUAUUUUUUGCCAGGUUUCUGUCAUUGAUAAUUCAUGUAUGGUAUCAAUAAAGAUGAAUUUUCACUGAAAAA